CGAAGUGUGUGUGUGUGUGUGUGAAAAAACUGACUCUGCAAUUUCGCGAAGAAAUGCUGACAUCUAUGCAGUCUGAGCUUUAUCCGCUGUUGGACCUAGUAGUAGAGUAAUACCACAUGAACCAGAGCAAUGGAAUAGAGAUUUGCCAGUGUUUGGUGGUCCUAUACAUAAUGUGACUAUACCAAUGGGUAGAGAUGCAGUACUAGCAUGUGUUGUUGAAAAUUUACAAACAUACAAGGUGGCUUGGUUACGAGUGGACACCCAAACAAUUCUGACAAUCCACAGCCACGUGAUAACCAAGAACCAUCGUAUCGGCGUCCUGCACUCGGAACGCACUUCGUGGCUUCUGAGGGUGAGGGACGUUCGAGAGUCCGAUCGAGGAUGGUACAUGUGUCAGAUCAACACUGAUCCCAUGAAGAGCCAAGUCGGAUACCUAGAUGUUGUUGUGCCGCCUGAUAUUCUAGACUAUCCAACAAGUGCAGAUAUGGUCGUUCGUGAAGGUAGCAAUGUGACCUUACGCUGCGCCGCCACUGGGUCACCGACACCAACCAUAGUUUGGCGGAGAGAAGGCGGUGAACUGAUACCCUUGAUGUCUCAAAAUGAUGGUGUUUUGAGCGUCGAAGGGCCAGUGUUUAGUAUAACGCGGGUGAACCGACUGCACAUGGGGCCUUACCUUUGUAUUGCAACGAACGGCGUGCCGCCCUCUGUUAGCAAGCGGGUCAUGCUUAUCGUACACUUUCCUCCAAUGAUCUGGAUUCAGAAUCAAUUAGUGGGUGCCUCCGAAGGUCAGACUUUAACAUUGGAAUGUCAUUCAGAAGCUUAUCCAAAAUCUAUAAACUACUGGACGAGAGAGAAAGGCGAAAUAAUUGCGCACGGUGGCAGAUUUGAAACAACUCUCAUGGAUAAUGCUUACAAAGUUGUCAUGAAAUUGACAAUAAAGGAUGUCACAUCGACGGAUUACGGAGCUUACAAAUGCGUCGCAAAAAAUUCUUUAGGUGACACAGACGGGACAAUCAAAUUAUAUCAUAUUCCAAAACCAACAACUACCACAACCACAACGACGACGACCACGACGAUGGCAACAACCACUCAAGUCUGGCCUACGCAUGAUCGAGGCGAGAUAAUUGAGAGGAUCUCUAGACCAGAUUUCCCAGACUUUCCGGAUGUCAUUCACGAGCCAGAGAACGAACUUCCGGAGCACACUGCGUUGCCGCUACCUCGGGAACGCGAUCUUCGUCUUCGAGGCAGACCUCAAGAAGACGACGACAACCAUAUAGCUGAAGACAUUUCCAGCGAAAGCAGAAAACCCACGUUAAAUCGUUGUAAUAUAAAUGUACCCCAAAUAUUAAAUAUUAUUAUAUUAUUGUACAUUGCAGUUUUACAUCAAAAUGGCAUAUGUGUGCUGAAAGAGAGUAGCAAUGGAAAGGACUCUACUGAGCACGAUCAUAAAGAGAAAAGGAAACUAGAUUGGACAGCAAAUAAAGUGUCUGGGGCACGACGUUGUCAAAGGAGAAAUAGAAAAACUGAAUGA